GUGCAAAAAAUAUCAAACAUCUUGAAACAUAUUGUUUUCCUACAUGCCCUGAUAAUGUUGAAGAGUUUUUGGUGAAAUUACAGCCACAAAUUAGUGAUUCAUUUGCAAAACGUGGGGUUUUAUUAUUGCCUGAAUAUAGCGAUUGCUGGAAUCUUGAACAAGCAGGAUGUUCAAAAUGGAAUGCUAUUGUUUACCAGAUUGGAAAAGGAGAUACUUAUCAAAAGUGGAAGAAAAAAAUGAAAAAGUGUGAUAGCAAUAGGGAUCUUUUAACUGAUGAAAUUGAUUAUAAGGUUACUG